ACAAGCUUUUGCACCGUAGUCCAACUUUCAAUCUUCAUGGUUCUGAAGCACUCCUCUCUUCAUUGUUCAGUCUCCCUUUGAAGAUUAAAGCAGAAGCCUGAAGACAGGACAUCUCUUGAGUUGGAUCUUUGUGCUGGCUUUGUUUGCUGCUUUGGAGAGGCGGUUUCUGUAGUUCACACUUGCAAAUGACCUCUUAAGUUGUUGGACAUGCUGUAGGGGUAUUUGGAUACACGUUCAAAGCCGAGAUUAUGUGCUAACUGUGCAAACAUCAGGAGUGGAAAUCCUUUAGGAUGAGAAUCUUAAACAAGCCCAGCAGUCUGAAGAUAAUGGCUAUGGUGAGAUCUUCACUGCAGAAAGUGAUGCUUUUUCUACAACACAUCCAAAGAAUGGCUGUCACGUCACCCCGUUAUCAGAAAUUGUGCAAGGACAUUCAGACAGAUGUUGAUACUCAGACUGAUCUUCCUAAAAGGGCUCUUGGGGGUCAGAUCCCGAAUACCAUGGCACAAGAGCUCGAUAAGUUUGGAGAUCUGGACCACCUUCAAAUAGCCUCGAGAAGAGAGUGUUUCGAGGCCAGCGUGGAGAAAUGGACAGGACUCAUAGCCAUCCUUGAAGAGCUUUGGUUCUGGGUAAAGCUGAAGGAUGAGGAGUUGACAAGGCAGAGGCCAGUGGGAGAAGAUGUACAUACUUUACUGCAGAAACAAGGCUACUGCACGGCCUUGCACAGCGAGUUGACUGGACGGAGACAGGAUAUGAAUCAGACAUGUCUGCCUCUGGCUGUUCAUCCUACAACAAUGGAAGUCCAGAGCAAUAUAGAGAUGGCUUCAGCGUUGACCGUCCAGGAGGAGAAGAUUCAUCAGCUGGCUCAAGUGGUUCAGGACCAGGCCUUCGAGGUUCAGCAGCACUGGGAGCGGUUCAGUGCUCAGGCCACCAGCUGGCAGCACGAGGUUGACUGGGCUCUGGGGAAACUUCAGGACCUCCAGCAAGCCAUGAACCAACUGGACCUCGGCCUGGCUGAGAUGGAGAAUGAGAGCUGGCACUCUGAGGAACACAGCAUGGCCAACUGUGUGCUGGAGAACGUGGAAAAUAUUGGGAUUGUGGGUAAUCAGCACCAGCAGUUGCAAUGCUCUCAAACAGAUAAGAGAGAUUUCUCCCAUGACUUCUUGUCUGUUUCCGUUCAGUUCCCUUGGCAAAGAGCUGUUUUUCAUAACGGCGUCCCUUAUUAUAUCAAUCAUGAGGAGCAGACCACCUCGUGGGAUCAUCCAGAGAUGACACAGCUAUUUCAGUCAAUGGCUGAUCUGAGCCAUGUGCGUUUCUCUGCUUACCGCACAGCGAUGAAGAGCCGCCGGCUACAGAAAGCCCUCUGCUUGGACCUUUUGGAGCUCAGCAUCGCCCAGAGUGUGUUUGAUCAACACAAACUCGUGCAUAAUGGACAGCUACUGGAGAUUCCAGGCAUCAUAAACUGUCUCUGCACAAUCUACCGUGAACUUCAGCAGAUGCAUCCGGAUCUGGUUAAUGUGCCUCUGUGUGUGGAUCUGUGUCUCAACUGGUUGCUUAAAGUCUAUGACAGUGACAGAAGUGGAAAAGUUCAAGCGUUGUCCAUGAAGAUCGGCUUGUUUUCUCUUUCAAAAGGACCUCUAAAGGAUAAGUACAAAUAUCUGUUCGCUGAGGUGGCCGGCGCUGCAGGCGUCUGUAACCAGAGACAGCUGGCGUUACUGCUACACAACAGCAUCCAGAUCCCACACCAUCUCGGGGAGGCCGCAGCGUUCGGAGGGGGUAACAUGGAGCCCAGUGUCCGGAGCUGCUUUCAAUAUGUGGGCCGUGAUGAUGUCAUUGAGGUACAGCAGUUUGUGGACUGGAUGCAUUUGGAGCCGCAGUCAAUGGUCUGGUUGCCCGUCCUUCAUAGAGUCGCCUCUGCAGAAACCGCCAAACAUCAGGCCAAAUGCAACAUCUGUAAGGAGUGUCCCAUGGUGGGCUUCAGGUAUCGAAGUCUGAAACACUUCAACUACAACGUGUGUCAGACAUGUUUCUUCUCGGGAAGGAUUUCCAAGGACUAUCAUCUCAGCUAUCCAAUGGUGGAGUACUGCACACCUACCACCUCAGGAGAAGAUGUGCGUGACUUCACCAAGGUGCUGAAAAACAAGUUCCGCUCAAAGAAGUACUUCACCAAACACCCUCGGCUCGGCUACCUGCCCGUGCAGACCAUCCUGGAGGAAGAGCAUUUAGAGACGUGAGUUUUCCUAGUGGAAAUGUUCAAGAUCUUUUUGAGAUCUCCAGAUUUUCAUCGGCCUAUAAUUCUUGUUUACAAAGUGUAAGUAUAAACCGUAUUUUACUUCAUA